UAGGACCAGAGCUACAAGUACCACGUUUGUCGGAUAGUGGCGGUGACGGAGGAGGUAGCAGCGGCGGCGGCAAAGAGACGCCGUCACUACUUCCGACGCACACUCAGUCUCUUCUUGCACGUCGCUGUCGUCUGCAUCCAUCCAUUUCUCUCUCUCUCUUUCUCUCCCUCUUUUCUCUUCCUCUCUGUCUCACUCUCUUUUACUCUAUUUCAUUCAAUUCUCUUCUGCAUCUCUUUCCUUUUUUUUUCUCCUCUCUCUCUUUCUCACUAGCAUUUCUAAUUGACUUACUUUCACUCCACAUCACUCUCUUUCUCGCUUUCUUCACACGCACUCACGCACACAUUUCACACUCACAUACGCAUACACUUUAUCUAAUUCCUCUCUUUGUAGCUGUCAGUCUGUUUCUCUCUCCCUUCCUCCUCUCUCUCUCUCUAUACACACACAUAUAUACAUACAUACAUAUACACACAUAUAUAUAUAUAUAUAUAUAUAUAUUUAUAUAUAUAUACAUAUACACGCACAUAUCUACAUACACUCUGUUUCAUCCAAUCCCUCUCUUUGUAGCUGUCAGUCUGUUUCUCUCUCCCUUCUUCCUCUCUCUCUCUAUAUACAUACAUAUAUAUAUACACAUAUAUACAUAUACACGCACGUAUCUACAUACACUCUACACUCCAUACGUACACUUACACUCUGUUUCAUCCAAUCCCUCUCUUUGUAGCUGUCAGUCUGUUCUUCUCUCACUCACUCCUUCUCUCUCCCCUUCACUCUCUCUCUCACUCACUCACAGUUCUACUCUCACUCCCCCUCGCUCUAUCUAUCUACCAGUGUUCUAAUACACACUCACACACCGCCUAUGGACUUUACUCGUCGUCUGCUUUCUUCCAAUUCCACUGUCCGUUACGUUGGACUAAAACAAUGAAGAUUGUUAUGUUUAGUGUGGUGACUGUUAUUGUCUUCUCCUGUUUUACGCUGCUUAUUAAUAGCAAAUGCCUGGAGGAUGAGGACGGUGUGCCAUUAUAUAAAACAAUAUUUAAAACUGAAUCUAAUACAACAGAGGAUAUGGCACAAAAUGAAACAAUAUUUAAUAAUGACUUUAAGAACACAGAGGAUUUAAUGGCUCGUUAUCGACGAAGCUUUCAGAACAAUGCAAACAACCAUAAAGCUCCAAUAGUAAUUGAGAGCAGCAUGAGGGCAUCACAUCAAAUUGUCAGUCAUGUCUUGAACAUUCUUCUAGAAGAAGUUAUAGGUUUUACUAAUGUCAUUGUUAAAGAUAUUGAAACCAUGAACACCACAGUAAUGCUUAACAGAAUUGUUGGCUGUCCAAUAUCCAGUUCUAACCUGGAAGACAGAAUGGGUUGGAAGUCAUGUAAAGAAAACAUUAAGUACACAGUAAUCAACCUCGAAGUUUGGUUGUCACCAGUGUUUGAUACAAGACCAUGGACAAAAAGUAAACAUGUUGUUGAUUGUGGUCCAUUAGGUCCAUAUGGCAGAGCUGGCUGGUUUAUUCCGACAGAUAUAGCAACAGAAUUCUGGUCACAAAAUAUAUUCAUUGAUCAUUGGCGGGCUCUACGACUACCCCAAGUAAUUGCUAGGUUUUCAUUAAAUGAUUCAUUGUCUGUACUUGAAAAUGUGAUGACAAAAAGACUUAAUCAGGGAGCAGAACCAUUGUGUAAAGAGAAAGACUGUGUGAAUGGUUUCCUACUAGGGCCAGGUUGUAAAUACCUCAGUGGUGGUUGCCUUAUACUAUUAUCAAGUUACCCAGAAAUGAACUAUCAUCUUCUACAGUCUCAGAUAAAUACGCUCAACUUACCAGUGAUUGUAGCUUGGAUAGGACAUUAUUUGACAGACUUUGUUCGUCAGCGUGCACAGCGGGGUUUACCUGUCUUGUUUUAUGAUUGGUGGCCAAGUCCACUCACACUCAAUCACAAUUUCACACAGAUCAAAUUCCCAUCAUGUCCUUAUGAUCCUAACCCAAUCUACUGUAAUUUCAAACUCAACCAACUAACUAAAAUGACAUCACCAGCUCUUUCUAAAUUAGCUCCCCGGGCAUACGAAGCUGUUUCUCGGAUGUCUUUUACACAAGAGGAAUAUGCAGAUUUGCUUCAGUUUUAUAGCAAUGCAAAAAGUUUAAGACCGAGCAUACGGGCAAGUAAAGUUGCUUGUAGCUGGGUAAAAGAUCACGAACAUAUAUGGAAACGAUGGUUUCCUAAAAUUAUUUCAACAAAAAAAAGAGUUUACCUUGGUGGAUUAUUUCCUCUCACUGGGCCAUUUUGGACUCAGCCUGGACUUAUUCAAAGUGCAGAAAUGGCUAUUGAAUGGGUGAAUGCAGACACGAAUGUCCUGCCAAAUCAUGAGCUACACCUUUUAAUAAAGGAUACUCAAUGUCGAACAGAUGUAGCCAUGCGUUCAUUUAUCGACUUAGCUACAAAUACCACUAUUCCUAUUGCUGGUAUUCUCGGUCCUGGUUGUACUGAUGAAGCUGAACCAAUUGCAGCCAUUAGCAAACACUUUAAUAUGAUAAUCGUCAGCUACAGUGCUGGUGCUGCUUCUUUAAACAACAAGCAGAAGUACCCAUAUUUUUUUCGAACAGUACCCCACAUCAAUUAUUAUAGAUAUGUAUACGAAAAAUUAUUUUUGGCUAUGAACUGGCUGCAAAUUGGGGCUAUUGCUGAAGUUGGCAAAGAAUUUACUGAGUACCACCGUCUUCUAAAAGAUCAUCUUCAUUCCCGAGGCGUGUAUAUGAUUGCACGCAAUAAAAUGAUGAACAGCAGAGAUCCUCUGGAUUUGUCAAAAAUAUUUGCUGAUUUGCGAAGAAAUAAAAUUCAUAUCAUCAUUGGAGAUUUCUUUGACUAUGCAGCUCGCUUAGUUAUGUGUGAAGCAUAUCGACAGAGGAUGACAUCAUACGAAGGCUAUGCCUGGUUUCUACCAGCUUGGCUUUCAGAAGACUGGUGGGAUGUCGACUACUACAAUAGUCCACCAGGACGGGAUGACACUCGGCCACAGGAAGCAGUGCCUUGCUCAACAGAAGAAAUGGAAGAAGCCGUCGAAGGUUACUUCAUUUUGUCCAAGAGCUUUUAUAAUGAUAAUGGAAAGAAAAGCGUUGCAGGAGAUAUCACUGUGAAUAAAUUUAGAUCAAUAUAUGCUGUCAAAGCUGGAAAAGCAAAUAACGAUGAGAGCACAUUUGCAGGCUACGUGUAUGAUGCAGUCUGGGUGUUUGCUUAUGCUUUGGAUAAGUUAUUAAAAAGUAACCCAAGUGCAUUAGAAGCUCUUCAUACACCAGCAACAACAAGUCAGCUAGUACAAUACAUCAAUGAAACCAAAUUUGAUGGUGUAUCUGGCCACAUAAGUUUCCAAGGAGGUGAACGCAUAGGUACAAUUAACAUUCUACAAUAUUUUCACAACGAAACCCGUCUCAUUGGUCAAUAUAUCCCAACUAUCCAUAAUAAUCCUCGCAUAAACAUCCGUGGUAGUACACCUCCAGUAGCUUCAGGAAAUGAAGAAAUAGAUAACGGAAUUCUUCGGCUUUACAAGAGAAAGGUGCGCUGGCUCUCACCAAAUGGGAAACCUCCUGCAGAUGGUAGGCAAAAUGAAAAAGUCACUGAAUGCCAUAUAGAGAAGUUUCGAGCUUUCUUGAAUGUCAACUGUGAAAUGGCUGUAAUUCUUGCAAAUGUCAUGGCAUUUGGUUUCUUUUCUAUCAUCAUAUCCGUUGUUCUUAUAAUUAUAAGACAAAGGUAUUGCAGACGUAACAGAGGUUCGAACCAGAAAAUGGAAGAACUCGGGUUAUUAUCUACUCGAUUCUCCCGGUGCCUAUCUCUUGAUGGCUGGGAAUUACCUCGAGAUAAUGUGGUAUUAAACAGAAAACUAGGCGCAGGAGCAUUUGGUACUGUGUUUGGAGGAGAGGCUUUCCUUGACGAUCAAGGUUGGCAACCUGUGGCGGUAAAAACACUAAAAGUCGGAUCAACCAUUGAACAAAAACUUGAUUUCUUGAGUGAAGCAGAAAUGAUGAAAAGAUUCAACCAUCCUAAUAUUGUCCAGUUACUUGGAGUAUGCACCCAAGGGGAGCCUAUCUAUACAAUAAUGGAAUUUAUGUUACAUGGUGACCUAAAAACUUACUUAUUGUCUCGCCGGAGUCUUGUUGAUCGAGAAACUAUUGAGGCUGAAGACGUUGCUCCCUUUAAGCUAACCCAAAUGGCUACUGAUGUUGCGAAUGGACUAAACUACCUCCACAGUCUUAAAUAUGUACACAGAGACUUAGCUUGUCGUAACUGUUUGGUACAUUCAAAUAAAACAGUGAAAAUAGGUGAUUUUGGAAUGACGCGAUCACUAUAUGAAUCAGAUUUUUACAAAUUCUCUAAAAAAGGGAUGCUUCCAGUUCGAUGGAUGUCCCCAGAAAGUAUAUGGGAUGGAAUUUUCACAGCAUUGUCAGAUAUUUGGAGUUUCGGUGUACUUUUGUAUGAAAUAGUAACAUUCGGUAGUUUUCCUUACCAAGGCCUCUCAAAUAACCAAGUUCUGGAAUAUAUCCGAAGUGGGAGUCGUAUCACAUUACCAGAUUCAUGUUCAAUUGAAGUACGAACACUGAUUUAUUCUUGUAUGGCUUUCAAUCCAUCAGAACGCAUAAAAUUGGAUGACAUUUUACAAGCAUUUUCAGAAAACACUGAAUAUCUACAGCCUUGUUUAGAUGUUCCUUCGUCUAGUGUUGCUUUAGAAGGAACUUAUUCAAUUGAGAUUGCACAACAAUCUGGUCAAACAUCUCUAAGUCAUAACACCUCACAUACUUUACUCCAGACAUCCCCAGGGGCUACCUCAGAAGUCAGCACAAUGUUACGGAAAAAUAGCCCUGGGGGAAAACUAUCUGCUAAAGCUCACAAAUCAGGUGGCCAUUUAUUUGGCCGGCCACGCAGUAACAGUUCAAUUGCUCCAUUUAAUAACUCUCGAGGGUCUGUUGUGAUGACAGUACAAAAUUUUCAUAUGAGCUCACCACAGAUUCGAAUGCAAGCACCUUCUUCUGUACCUAUAGACAAUAAGGUUGAGAGCAGUAAUGUUUCUGACCAAGUUAGUGAAGUGUCACGUGAAUUAUGUCAGACUGUAACAUCAGUAUGAAAGUUAGUUGAUCAUGUAGAUAUAUUUUAUUGUCCAAAUGAGAAAGAACAGAAGGUAAGUCUUCUCAAUCAAAGAGAUAAUGAGCAAAACUGAAAAAUCAAUAAUUUUCAGAUAUUGACAUUCCAUGUGAAGUUUUCUUUCAUUGUUCAAAGUGUAUCAGUUGGUCUGCUCACAGCCUGUCUUCCCUCAAUGAAAACAUACAUGGUCACUGGAACUGAGUUGAUUCCUGAAUCUACCAAUGCAGAUUGCAACUACUCGAUGUUAUGUUUCAACUCUAUCAAAACCCAAAGUCUUUAUCUGGUAAUUCUUUCAAUGACAAUAAGAAUUAGAACUUCCAUUAUACUUUCAUUGAUCAUAUCAAACUUUAUACACAAUUCUGUAUUCAUUUUUCUCAAAGGUUUCUGUUUUUGUUUUUAAUCAUGAUGUUAUUACAGACCUUGCUUUUAAGGUUGUAAUUUACCAAACAUUAAAUUCUUAAAAAACAAAAAAAAUGAAAAUUCAUCUCUCACGGAGUAUCUAUGAAAUAGUAUCUUUGAAAUACUUCUGUAAAUUAGUAUCAAUCCUGAGGUCCUUUAAUAAUAAUUGAAAUCCCAUAUAAAGAAUUUCAAAGUCCUUCCUAAUUCCCUCAUUUACUGUUUAGUUAUCUUUACAUUGGAUUUCAAAUAUACUUAAUACCAAACAGAUAUAAAGCUGACAUACUUCUUAUAGAAACUUAUUUUAGAUUUAUUUAUUAAACAUUUAAAUAGGAAAAUAGCUUUUAUGGUAUUACAGAAUUAACUUGAGUAUCUCUCUAUUAUACUGUUAAGAUAGAAAGAUAUUUUCAAACUAUAUGUACUAGUCUGUGUAUUUUUGUACAUGUGUAUAAGAAAAACUCAGUAUGUAAAUAUGUUUGUGUUUAUAAAUAUAAAUCUUUUACCAGGAAUUUCUAUUAAAUGUGUAAUACAUAACUCCCAUCGUACAUAACUUUCCACAACAAAAAUAUUUCAAAAGGCUUAAAUUUUUUCCCUUUUUUUUUUUUCUUUUCAUUGAAAUUUCUUGCCAUAAC